AUGGUGCCACCCUCUGAAGGAGGAAAGCAAAAAUUGUAUGUCUCGGCCAAUGAUUCGACUAUUGCGGGCAUGCUGUCGCAAGAUGACGAAAAUGGCAUCGAGAGAGCCAUUUAUUACAUCAGUAGGAUGUUAGUCGAGGCAGAAAUCAGAUACACUCCUUUGGAGAAGUUAUGUCUGAGUUUGUAUUAUGCUUGUACAAAGCUGAAGCAUUAUAUUAAACCUUAUGAUGUAUUCGUAUUCUGUCGAAAUAAUGUGAUUAAAUAUAUGUUAUCUAAACCUAUCCUGCACUCUCGAGUUGGGAAAUGGGCUCUUGCAUUGACCGAGUAUUCGUUAACGUUUGUUCCCCUCAAAGCCACAAAAGGACAAGUAAUCGCUGAUUUUCUCGUGGAUCACUCGAAUUUAAAUGAACAGGUUAAUUAUUUAACCACGAAAUCAUGGGAAUUAUUUUUCGAUGGAUCGAAACACGAGUUAGGAGCAGGAAUCGGAUUACUGAUUAUUUCACCGGGUGGGAUUCCCACUAAAUUCUUAUUGAGAACGAAAUCUGAAUGCUCGAAUAAUGAAACUGAAUACGAAGCAUUGAUUACUGGGCUAAAAUUGCUUAAGGACUUGGGGGCAAGGAACAUAAUCAUUCGAGGUGACUCGCAACUCGUGAUUAAACAGUUAACUCGAGAAUAUAAAUGCAUGAAUGAAAAGUUACUCGAAUGCAAUUCUCGAGCUACAGCUUUGUUAAAUUCAUUCGAUGAGGUCCAAUUAGAACAUAUUUCUCGUAACGAGAACGAAAUUGCGAAUGAACUAGCUCAGAUUGCAUCCGGGUACAAGAUAAGCAGGGAAUGUCUCGAAUCUCUUGUUUGUAUAAGGAAUGAGUUGAGUGACGAGCACGAAUGCCUCACCAUUGACACCUCAACCAUUCAGGACUGGAGGAAAGAGCUAAUCGAAUAUAUGCAAAGUCCAAAUUCGCAAGCUGAAAGAAAAGUUAAAUAUCGAGCUCUCAAUUAUGUGAUAUUGAAUGAUGAAUUGUUCAAGAGAGGUUUCGAUGGAGUUUUGUUUAAGUGCCUCGGAAAUCAUGAGAGCUACAUAGCCAUGGCAGAGGUACAUGAAGGGAUUUGUGGUGCCCAUCAAGCGGGGGAGAAAAUGAAAUGGACUUUGUCCAGAAAAGGAUAUUUUUGGCAAAGCAUGUUCAAAGAUUGUAUCGAAUUUGCAAAAGGUUGCGAAGAGUGCCAGAAACAUGGCCCAAUACAUAGAGUAUCAGCAACCGAGUUGCAUGCGAUUAUUAAACCGUGGCCUUUUCGAGGUUGGACAAUUGACGUAAUUGGCCAGAUUCAUCCUCCGUCAGCAAAAAACCAUAAGUACAUAAUCGUGGCCAUCGAUUAUUUUACGAAAUGGGUGGAAGCAAUUCCUGCAAAAGAGGUUGACCAGAAAGAAGAGAUAAAUUUUAUUGAAGACCAUAUUAUAUUUCGAUUCGGAGGACCCCAGACAAUAACUACAGAUCAAGGAACGGUGUUCACAGGUCGAAAAGUGGUCCAGUAUGCCCAGUCGAGAGGAAUCAUAAUGAUUACUUCGACACCUUACUAUGCAAAAGCUAAUGGCCAAGUCGAGGCUGCUAACAAAGUGAUCAUAGCUUUGAUCAAAAAACAUAUUUUGGGAAAACUUUGA